AUGGCUUCAAAGUCUAGCAACAACCAUCGGGCUGGAAAUCAGUAUGGUCGAAUGAUUCAGCCAGCCUUGCCGAUCUUGCCAGUUCGCACCAGCGCAAAGACAAGCAAGACCAAGCCUGUCGCACAACAAGAGGUCAAAGAAACUAAAGAGAGUUCCACCGCGCAAACUGUCGCGAACCCUCAGCUGGCCGAAACAGCAAAUGAAUCUUUCUCACUCUCUAGUGCGCGACGACCAACCCAAUCUUCAGAUGAGUCCCUUGCGCACCAAGAAGCCUUUGCGCCUACAGACACAUCCUCCGUUCCGACCCAAGACCACUCGCCUGCGCCCCAAGAACCAGCAACCGAGCCUGCCAAAGAUGCCGAACUGAGCAAGAAAGAAGCUGCCGCAACCGAGAAUGAACCAGUCAGCAACACUGAAGUCGGGUUGACUGACAAGGACACAAUGCCCACUCCUGUUCCAGAGUCCAAGGGUGAAAUGACAGGGAGCGACCCAGACGGCGGCGGCGCUGUCACAGAUCCUACCUUUGCACCAUACAGUCAGUCAUUUGCACCACUGAGUAUGACGACUAGUAUCGGAAGUCGACGAGCCUUGUCCGGCCCUGGUCCAUCAGUAGGAUUUUCUCCUCCCGCCGAGAAGUUGGCAGACCACGACAUCGUGAAUGGUACACAGCCAGUGUUGCAAGCAGAAAACGGCGGGUCGCCUGUGUCUCAGUCCCAGAUCCACGCUGCGUACGAACCGGGUCCAGCAUCAACUGCAUCGUCUGUGCUCCAUGGACCGUCCACGAACGGCGUCGAUCCGCCUAUGACAGCCUCGACUGCUACAUCCAGUCGUCCUACACCUGUACCCAGACAUUUCAACGCUCUGGUGGGUCUCCCCGAUCACUUGCUCUCAAUCGCUUCCACCAAGGAAGGAGCGGACUGGGCUAUCCAAGUCAGCCCACCGACUGGGCAACCGUUCGUCACCUUCGCUCACUCUCUCAUCGUGUGUCGUAGCCUGCGCGUGCGCAAAUUGAUGGACCGCCAGAAGGGGGAAACCUAUGCUGCCAAUCUCGUCACUUUGUUUCCUGCCUGUCAGGUUCUCCCGCAUGCGUUUGAAGCGGCACUACGGUUCUUGUACUCGGAUACCGUCUUGUCGGACAACUUCUUCUUCGACGUCCUGCCUGGACCAGACCAUCAUGCUACGAGACUACACAACCUGGACUACAUAUUGUCCUAUUGGGUGGCUGGCAUCGAGCUUGGACUCGAACCGGUGUCGGUCUGUGCCGAGACCCUCUUGGCCAAAUAUCUGAAAUGGGAUGUCGUCGAGGCCGCCUACAAACAUGCGCUGGAGCUUGGAAACUCCCCGCUCCUGUCGGUUGGAAAGCACAUGACCGGAACGGACUAUCUCGUGGCCAGUAACUCGGUCAUCCGACAAGUCCUACAAUUUCUGGCCCACAACAUCGACGUAGACAAGUUUGUCCUCGACGUCAACAACCCCUCCACCGUCUUCCCACCACGUCUCCCACAGUUGGAUGAUGGCCGUCCGAGAUUCAAUCCUGCAUUGGCAUCCAUGGUCUUUGGCUCCAUGUCUCCUUCUCCGCCACAAUCCGACACCGCGCCCAUCACACCCAGCUACCCAGACACUGUGGCGUCCAACAUACUUCUCAACGUCGAUUUCGAGAAUCUCAAUUUCUUCAACGAGCUCCUCCGUGCACGUGGCAACCCUGCAUCCGCCAAGCUGAUGGCAGCAGUUGUAGCCGAGCGGGAGACACGCCGUCAGAAAGUCAUAAGUGCGCAAUCCUUCCCGAAUCGAGAACGCAUGCAAAACUCGUCCCUGUGGGAACCCGUUGGAUUGCGAGAGUCUCUUAAGGGGACAGUUCUCAUCAGAGAUCGCGUCGGUUUCUUGCUCUCCAAGCAGGACACCUAA